AUGAUCAAUGAAACUUUGUUGUAUGACUUUAUAACAUUAAUUAUGUGUAUUCUUUAAAAGGAGAAGCUUCUUAGGUUACACAAGGGAGUGAAAAACACAAAACAGACACUGUUAGAAUUUGAGCUUUGUCACGCAAAAUUACCGGAUCUUCAGACUCUUCUACCUCUUGAAUAUUUGGAACACCAAAAAAAGGAAGAUCUGCCAGCUUUACCAUGGCUAACUGAUGAUAUUGUGAACUGCAGGAUUUCUCAGUUAGUAGAUGGACAGAAGUUCAAGGUCCUCCCUACAUUUGAGUUUGUUUGCUGGUGGCGUGACAUUAAAACCACAGGAUCAAUUACCUCUCGCAACAAGAAGAUUCUUCAGGACCUGCACCCAGACACAGUCAUUUUGUUUCCCAGGAUUGUUGGUGGUAAAACACCUGAAAGUGGAAACCAUUUCAUUCUUUGGGUGAUUGAUGGAGUCCUGAAACAAAUCAGAGUUUAUGACUCUCUCCAACUGUAUCCUUCACCCAAUGACUGGGAGAUGGACAUACUAAGACAGGCCUUUCAGGAGACAUGGGACCUAGCAGCAUGGGAUGUUCAAUACCCACAGCAGUGGCAUCAAAAGGACUCACAAAAUUGUGGUGUUUUUGUGUGCACAAUGGCUGAAAUGGAAGUCCGUGGGAUAAAACUUGGCCAAGACACUUUAAGUGGACCUCAACUACAAUUUCUCCGGCGUUAUCAUGCAACUUCCAUAAUUUGUGAUGUUAUGGUGGAGGAAGUUCUGAAAAGUCGUCAAGAGUGUAUGGCAGCUGAUAUAAAUGUCUGUGUCUUCCAAAAGCUGGGGACAAGAGGGUCAUUGUAUCCUGAGGUUAAAAACCUUCAUUGGGUACAAUGUGAAUCCUGCAAAGGAUGGCUGCACACAGACUGUGCUGGUGUUAGUGACAAGGCCACCAGAGGCCAUUUCACAUGUGGUUGCCGAAGAAAAUUGCCAUUGAAUGUUGACAGAACUUUGCACAUUCUGCAUCAAGAGGGAAUUGACGGUCUCAUUGAUAACAACGAAAUAAAGAAAAUCUACGAAGCCCUCCAUGCUGAUGAACAGAAGUCAAGUCGAAUGUAUCUCUGGAAGCAUCCUGCUACAUCGCUGAGAUUGAAGCAGCGGUUAAAGCCGAAGUUCUGCCAUUUCAGUGAUGAGAAUACAAUCAAAAUGACGGCAAAAAUCAAAGCUGCUCUGAACUUGGGAAGUGAGAUUCAGGACCUGAAUUUAAUGUUUGAUGUUAUGAUGCCAGAGAUCAUUAUAAACAUCCUUCAAAAAAAUGACCAGGUCUCAAGGUAUAUGGCUGAGAUGUUUCUUGCCUCAGGACCAAUACUGGACUGAUU